AUGGAUUUCAGUACAAUUAAAAAUCAAAUGGAGGCUAAGGAUGGUACUGGAUAUAAGCAUGUUCGAGAAAUAUGUGCUGAUGUGAGGCUGGUUUUCAAGAAUGCUAUGAAAUAUAAUGACGAAAGAAGUGAUGUUCAUGUGAUGGCAAAAACUUUGUUGGCAAAGUUUGAGGAGAAAUGGUUGCAACUUCUGCCUAAAGUUACUGAAGAGGAAACAAGACGAGAAGAGGAAGAAGCUGAAGCGCAGUUAGCAUUGCAAGUUGCUCAAGAAGUAGCUCAAGCUAAAAUGGCUAGAGAUUUAAGUAAUGAGCUGUAUGAAGUUGAUGUGAGUCUGGAAGAGCUACGAGAGGUGGUUCUCAAAAGAUGCAGACUCUAUUUUGAUGCCAGACUUGACAUGUACCCUUCCAACCCUUUGGGCGUAUCAUUCCCCCUCUCAGAGUGGGGUGACCUAAAAAUUAUUUGCAGAAAAAUGUCAACUGAAGAAAAGAGAAAGCUUGGAGAUGCUCUUACCCGGUUGUCACCUGAAGAUCUAAGCAAAGCAUUGGAAAUUGUUGCUCAAAACAAUCCAAGCUUCCAGGCAACUGCAGAAGAGGUGGAUCUUGACAUAGAUGCUCAGAGUGAGUCUACCUUGUGGAGGUUAAAAUAUUUUGUUAAGGAGGCUUUAGAAGUGCAAGGCAAGAACUCAGGAAGCAUGGGUGGCAAUGAACACCAAAACAACAACAAAAGAAAAAAAGAGUUGUGUGAUGCUAUUGCCAAAACGAAAAAGAAGACCAAGAAGCCUACCUGA